AUGCCCCAGAAAAACGGCGGAGAAACACUCACGCCAGAGGAGCUGCAACUACGCGUCAAGCAGGGUCUACAAAAAAGAAAGAAAUGUGCGCUGUGUCUUCAAGUGUUUUAUGUGAAUGAGUUACCUGGGGCUAUCACCCAUAAGUCUAUACUUGAGCUGCGCCGAAAAUGGGGCCUUGAUGUGCGCCGAGGCGAUCGGAUGCCCCCGCCAUCUCAAUUAUACAAGAGGGAAGAGUUAUGUGUAUUCUGUAUGCAGUUCUUUGACUCAAGUGGAGCCGUGCAGGCACAACAACAAUUACUAGCUUCUACACGUGGUGGAGUGCCAGCUCGCUUGGCUUUGCGUUAG